CUUUUCAUGUAUUAUGUUUUUCGUCAUUUUUGCCUAAUGGAUCCAAUGCGUUUAAUAGGGGUUAUAUUAUACUCUCAGUGGAUCUUUGAUGUCCUUGCAUAUUAUAAGUUACCACUUAACGGAACUCCUACGGCCAGCCUCAGCUCGACAUACAGUGAUUUUUAUGACGCAGAUAACGCAAUAGAUAAUCAGAAAAAUUUACUUCAGCUUAUUAAUGGAUCUUGCUCUCGCACUUUUUACAAAAAUGAGACUGCGUGGCUCAGAAUCAAUCUGACAGAUGCCUACAGUAUAAAGUCAGUAAAACUGUUCUAUAGGAAUGACAGUGGAAUCUCCACUUCAAGUUUGCAAGGUUACUACAUCAGGGUUACUAACUCUAGUGAUUCCAGUUUAUGGAACGAGAGUCAGGUUUGCUAUCGAGAUCCUGGAAAUAAAACGUUACCUGUAAUAAACGAGCAGGAGUGUCACAGAGAAGGACAAUACGUGUGGAUCCUCAAUGAUGACGCUACAGAUGAGGAUACUCCUUAUGUUCACCUUGAAAUAUGUGAAGUGGAGAUUAAAGGCUGUGAAGUAAAUAAAUUUGGUGAAAACUGUACACCUUGUGGUGAAUCCUGUAAAGUAUGCAAUAUUAUUGAAGGAUGUACACAUUGUAGUGGAAAUUUGACCGGACCGAAAUGUGAGGAUUGUUCGCCAGGAUAUUGGAAGGAGAAUGAUAGUUGUCAAAUAUGUCCUAAGUGGGAUAUUGGUUACAAUUGCUCAGGUAACUGUUCUGGGAUAUGUAAUGCUAACCAAACAUGUUUUAACGGGACCGGAGAGUGUGCAAGCCAGACAGUAUUAAUCGGGAAAACUUGCAAUGAGAGUUGCACAAAUAACACCUAUGGUCAGGAAUGUAUGCAAAAUUGCAGAAGAAGCUGUGGUGAAAGUGAGGCUUGUCACCAUGGUAAUAGAUCCUGUACUAAUGGAUGCAUCAAUGGAAUGAAAGGAAAUCAGUGUAAUGAAUCAAAUUCUGGUAAAGAUCAUGAUCAGACAGAAAAGGGAAACUCUUUGUCACUUGCACCAGCGGCUAUUGGCGCCGGUAUUUCAGUAUUGGUGAUGUUCAUCCUCAUCGGUUCUCUUAUACUCUUCUAUAAAAGGAAACUGAACUCAAAGAAUCCAAUUCAAAAAGAACGAACCAAUCAAAAGAGAAAUACACCUCUUCCAAAGACGCCUUCCGUGACGCGGCAAUCACAGAGAUAUCAGUACGAACAGCCAAUAAACGUACAGGAGGAUAGUCGCCAGUAUGAACGAUUGGAUAACGCAGUCUGA